ACAUUGUGCGCCGUUGAUGCCGACGCCAUUGUUGAUGUGCGUGGUGCGUGACUUUCUGUCGGUUUGCAGCGCUUCGAGAAGAAGGAACUAUAGUGUGCAACACGCCUGAUACAGUGGUUCCCUAUGUAGCUCGGAUCCGAGCUCACGCUGGACUUGACGCGGUCCUUGCGGACCCCGUCACAGAACUGUCUGACAGGAAAAAGAACAGAGGGUCCUGAUAGACCAUGUCCGGGCGCCCAUUCCGCGGUGGCCGGCGCGGCGGCGGAUUCUUUCCCAGAGCCCCGUACCGCGGUCGUGGCCGGGGUUUUAGGGGAGGUGGAUCGUACGAGGGACGGGGUCGGGGUCGAGGUAGGGGCGGCUACGGGUACAACAAACGCUACGACGACGAUCGGGAUCGAGACAGGUACAGCCGGGACCGCUACUACUCGAGAUCGCGCUCCCGUUCCCGGUCUCGAUCGCGGUCGCGGUCUCGCUCGAGGUCUUACUCCAGGUCGCGGUCCCGCUCCCGUUCUCGCUCCAAGACUCCGCAGACGCAGAGGGAGUCCAGGGCCCGAAAGAUUCCCACCAAGAAGGAGCUGCAGGAAAUUGCGGCAGCUGUCACGAAGUCGAUAGUGCAGGAUAAAGAACAGCGGAUAAGGUCAAAGACGCCUGUGCGGACACGAUCCGGCUUUGUGGAUUCGCCACCAGCGUUGGCCAGUACUCGCCGGAGCUUGAGCCCCGUCCGAGGAGAUGGGGGGGGCAGUCCGUACUCCUCUUCAAGGGACUAUCCUGUGACCAGGCCCAAGACCCCAUCGCUCAAGCAGAAAGAUUCAUCAGGGGAUGGAGGCUUCAGGGACUACCCUGUGACCAGACCAAAGACUCCAUCACUCAAACCGAAGGAUUCAUCCGGGGAUGGAGGCUUCAGGGCUCAGUUGCUGGAGCUAGCGUUGAAGGAGAAACAGAAACUGGGCCUUGACAAGUUGGAUUCACCCCGUAGCUCUAGUUCCGCACUGAAGGCGAUUCAGGGAUACUCGGGGACACGGUCACCAGAGGAGUCUGACCAUGAAGAGGAGCCAAUUGCAACGGACCUAUACGAUGACCUGCCAAAGCCAUUGUUUCCGAUAUCCAGCAAAGGCAGCGUGGAAUCUACGUGGAAGAAUGCAGGAAGUAAGCAAGGGUCUUCCUUGGAUGCGCGGAAGAAGCCCAUCGAUGACAUCUUUCCCGAUGUUGAUGAAUAUGACCCACGGCAUGAUGCCUGGGAUGACCACAGGGACGUUCGCAGGGAAGAUCGCAGGGACGACCGCAGGGAUGGUAAAGGCGGUGGCUUGCAUUUCGAUCACCGUCCCGAUUCACAUUCGGACACUCAUCGUUCCGACUCGCGCAUGGACUUGUACGCGGACCUGCUGUCAGAGGGCCACCCCAGUUCGCGGACUGAUUCGAGACAUCACACGGAGGAGAGCAAAAGCCAACGGCAGUCGUCCUCAUUCAUCCCGGGUCUAGGCAUCGACGAAAACAUCGACGACGAAGAUGCAUUUCUUUACGGUGACGAGGGUCUCACCUCGGGGCGUCCACCGUCUGGGCCGGAGAGGCGUUCUUCACAGGAGAAGCAGCCUUUCGUGGAGGAGAGAAAGAAACAUGCUCCACAGGAUUCGUGGAUGCCAGCGCCGCAGCGGUUUGGAGGAGGUCCUCCUUCACCGGAGGAGUCUGACCUGACCAUCGACUUGAAGCUUCCGUUCGAUCACCGUAAAACUGCAGAGCCACCACGGCCUGGAAAAGGAUUUCCAGACAGUAGGGCGCAACACCUGGAGCAACCUGCUCCUCAGCGAGGUGGCCGACGUGGCCCGGAUCGUGUUGCAGACGAACCACCCCCCAUCGACUCAUGGAAGCCGUCGCAGCGGCAUAGGACACCGUCACCCGAACAGAGCUCACCACCCUUAUCAUCGAGGCCAACAAAGCAGUCAAAACAGUCGAUGCUGGGAUACAGUUCCAUCGAGUCCAUGAAGCAGGAGCUUCGCGAACUCAAGAUGAUGCUCAGCAGAGAGAAGGAAGCCAAGGAGGAAAGCUACGAGCGGAAAAGGCCAAGGACGCCGUCCGACACGGGCUCUUACGGUCGCGGGGGCCGUAGCCCGAGCCCCUUAAAGCGCCGCCGCGAGAGCUACUCUCCGAUCCAUCGGCGACGCGGGCGGAGCCCCGUUGACAGCUACCGGCGGCCGUCGCCCCCUUCGUACCGCCGGGAACGGCGCGAGAGCCCCUACUAUCGAAGUGCUGCGACGCCUUCUGCCCGCCGAUACUCUCCAUCGCCGACCCGCAGUCUCUCGCCGUCUUCGGACAGGUCCAUGGGGAAGCGCUGGUCACCGAGCCCACCGCCCCGAACGCCACGGCACAGAAGACCAGAGGGACGGACUCCGGGUCGUCGGUGGAGCCCCGAAAGCCCGCCGCCCCGGCCACGACGGAGCAGCCUGGAGCGAACGCCCAAGCAUCCGUCGUCGCAGACGCCCUACUACCAGGGCUCUUCGCAGCCUGCCCAGCAGCCCUCAUAUUACGACAGCGGCCAGCCCUCGGGGCCACCAUUGGUGCCGCCACCGAACUUGUCCGUGCCUCCGCCUAACUACCCCAUGAAUGCACCUCCUCCGCAGACGCCAUACUUUGCAGGAUAUCCUCCACCUGCGCAAGCGCCGCCGGAUUUCUCCUACCCCCCUCCGUCGGCACAGCAACAGCAGCCGGCGGUUCGUUCCAACCUUCGUGUCGUGCCGCUUCAAAGUGGUGCCGUGGACAACGCCGUCAAAGAUGAGCGAGCCUUCUCGCCCAUCAACGUCAAGCAGGAGGAUAAAGUCGUUCCGAAGAAGCUGUCGCCGGUUACUCAGGAGGAGAUUGAUAACUACCUGAGUCUUGUGGAGUUAAAGGACAGCCACCGAGAAAAGCUGAACCUUCUGAAGCAGGAAUUGGUCCGCAUCAGCAAGAUCCAGAACGAGAUGAUGAGGCGGCGCCAGCACAAACGGGAUGGCCACAGGGAUCCCUCUCUGCUGGAGAGCAGCACCAUGUACGAAGAUGUCAAGAAGCAGGUGGUGGAGGUCAACGGCCAAAUGGAAGAGGUGUCGCGAAAGAUCUUCAAGGUCUCACAGCGCGUCAAGAUGGAAGCCAUUGCCUACAAAAAACAGCAGGAGGAAGAGGCUCUGGCUGCCGAGAGCCCCGACACAGCUGGCAUCAAGUUUGUGUAUGAGGACCCACGCGACCAUUGGUGCCAACAGUGCAAUGUGGUGGUGCCUACAAUGAAUGACAUGUUUCGCCACUUGCACUCGCCCAAACACAAAGAGGCCACACCAUCUCACGAUCGUCCGUGGGCCGACCUAGAGAAGCCAGCACCUACGAACCAAAAAUUCCACCGUACAAUUGUCUCAGCUGUCAAAGGUGUCCAGUUCCUAGUUGGCAUCUCUGGCUAUUACUGCAAGCUCUGCAAGGUUAUGAGUGGAGAUUCAGCCAUGGCCCGUAACCACUUGCAAAGCCUUGAGCACAACCAGAACUACACGAAGUACAUUCUGCUGAAUCCGUUCUACGAGCGUCGGUGGAAGAUGGAGAAGGACAUUGCUCUAGUCUCUGCCAUCAAAGAAGAAAAAGAAAAACAGGAAAAGGAGAAGCAGGAGAAAGACCGUGAGAAGGACAAGUCGAGGUCACGCUCGCGCUCUCCAUCUGAGCGCAGUUCCUCCAAACGACACAAGUCAAACCGUAAAGAAGAGCAGGAAAAGAUACGAAGAAAGAACGAAGAGUUGCAAAAGCAGGAACGUGAAAACAGCCUUUCGGUGAAAGAAUUGGACGACUCUGAAACAAGUCCAAAGAAGGGAGCAAAGUCCACGUCGCCGCCGCCUUCCAGGGCGCCCUCGGGUGGAAGUGGAAUCAAGCUUAAACUUCUCAAGAGCCAGAAAGUGCAGAAGCAACCGCCCAAACAGACUCCAGUUGUGAUCAUUGGCAAGGCACCGUGUUUCCGGCCGUCAUUCCUGUCUGGAAAGUCCAAAGCGGGAGGAGCUUCAAACACAACAACGAAGCAAGAAGAAAGCAAGCCGUAUGGUCCUGCACUACCGCCGAACUUAGCUUCGGCUUCGGCUGCGGAUCUCGUGGAGGAGGCUAAGAAGAAUGAAGCAGCCAUGGAGAUCCCGCUUCCCGACCCUGCCUCUGAAUCGCAGGCUCCAGCACAGGCGCCAACGACGACCACUGAAGCUACAGACAAUACAGCGACAACCACUGCGACCACAGUGAAAACGGUGACGACCACUGCAGCCUCUGCUCCAAUCGUGUCUGUCACGCAAGCUCCACGCAAGCAGGCCCUGAAGUCCGGAGUCGUGGCCAAGGUCACGUCACUGCCCGGUGUGCCUGGAGCCAGCAUGACUGAGGAAGACAUGGAUCUGAAGCUUCUUGGCAUAGAGCGUGAUGACAUUCAACCAAUCGCUCCGGUGAAGCCGCCACCAGUGUACGGUCCAGUGCCGCCCCCUGCGGUGCAGCUGCCAAAUCUGUCCGUGCCACCGCCCAUGUUCCCGGUGCCUCCUCCGAAACGGACCUUGUUGCCACCACCACAGUACCUGGCCACGGUGCCACCACCGACUCUGGCACCGUUGAACGUGCCGCCACCAACAGCUACCUUGCAUGUGAGGCCUCAUUUACUAACCCAUGGCAGACCAUUUGUGGCAAAUGCUGACUACGUCAAGCCCAACAACAACAGGGUUACAUGUAACACAGUGGUGCCCCUGCAAGUGUUGCGGCUGCCGCCUCCGCCCCCGCCUGAUGAGCCGGAGCCACCAGCGCCACCGGUGACGAGAGCGAGAAUGGCAGCUGCUCAGAGGCCACCCCCUACCCUUACUCCCAUACAGAGGGCUGCACCCACUGCACAGAGGGCUGCACCUACGACUGCUGAACUUCCUCAAGAGCCAACACAAGCUACUGAACCUUCUGUUGACACAGCUGGUGGGAAAGACAUAAGUGUCAUGACUACUGGAGCAGCUCCAGAGAUAAACAAAGCAUCCUCUGGUGACACUAAACCUACAGCUACUGUGGCUAAUGCAGCAACGAUUGAGCCUCCUAGUGAAAGUGUGAAAUCGGAAAUACAAGGUGCGGACAUGAAGGUUGCAACUGCCGCUGAUGUUACCUUGGAGUGCGCUGCUCAGCCUGUUACAGAGUCAGUCGCUGAAACUGUGGCGGUGAAGCCAUUAGAGCCAACAACACAAGCUGAAGCCUGUGCCUCACAGUCUCAUGAACCUCAGAACGUGGCAGUGCCUGAAGAUAUUGCUCCGAUAUCUCCUGACAGUUCGCCUGCCAUAAGCAGUGCUGCCACUGCUUUGGAGAGUGCUGCUGAGCCAGUUACAGAUCCAAGCAAUGAAGCUGUAGCAGCGAAGGCAUCGGAACCAACCACACAAGGUGAAGCCUUGCAGUCGCAUGAACCUCACAAUGCGACACUGCCCGAAAGUAUUGCUCCGAUAGCUUCUGGCAGUUCUCCUUCCAUGAGCAGCACUGCCAUUGCAUUGGAGAGGGCUGCUCAGACUGUUUCAGAGUCUGUCACUAAAGCUGUAGCAGUGAAGGCAUCGGAACCAACCAUACAAGGUGAAGCCUUGCAGUCGCAUGAACCUCACAAUGCGACACUGCCUGAAAGUAUUGCUCCGAUAGCUUCUGGCAGUUCUCCUUCCAUGAGCAGCACUGCCAUUGCAUUGGAGAGUGCUGCUCAGACUGUUUCAGAGUCUGUCACUGAAGCUGUAGCAGUGAAGGCAUCGGAACCAACCACACAAGGUGAAGCCUUGCAGUCGCAUGAACCUCACAGUGUGACACUGCCCGAAAGUAUUGCUCCGAUAGCGUCUGGCAGUUCACCUUCCAUAAGCAGCACUGCCAUUGCAUUGGAGACUGCUCAGACUGUUACAGAAUCUGUCACUGAAGCUGUAUCAGCGAAGGUAUCAGAACCAACCACACAAGCCUUGCAGUCUCAUGAACCUAUCGAAGUGACUGUGCCUGAAGGUGUUGCUCAAGUAGCUGCUGGCAGUUCACUUACUCUAAGCAGUGAUGAUGUUGCCAUGAAGAGCUCUGCUCAGCCAUUUACAGAGCCAAGCAGUGAAACUGUAACGGAAAAGCUGUCAGAACCAACCACACAAUGUGGAGCCUUGCAGUCUCAUGAACCUCAUGAAGUGACAGUGCCUGAAGGUGUCACGCCGAUAGUUGCCGGCAGUUCACUUGCUGUAAGCAGUGCUGAUGUUGCCUUGGAGAGUGUCACUCGACCUGUUACAGAGCCAGGCAGUGAAGUUGUAGCAGCGAAGCCAUCAGAGCCAACCUCACAAGAUGAAGCGUUGCAGUCUUGUGAACCUCAUGUUGCAACAGUGCCCGAAAGGGUUACACCGAUAGCUGACAACAUUUCACUUGCCAUAAGUGAAAGCUAUGUGGGCACAGCCAAGGCUGAUAUUCCUAGCUGUGCCACAGACAUUGAAGAUAAAAAGACCGAAGAUAUAUUUGAUGCUUGUGGGAGCAUUCAAAAGCAGGUGUCUGCUGAUGCUUCUCAAAGUCAAGAAAGUGAGGUUGCACCAUACCCUUCAUUCCUGACAGAAGCUAAUGCUGAAUAUGACGCUGCUAGCUCCGUAGGCGAGAUCUUGGAACUAAGGGUGAAUGCACAAGAACUGCAUAAAAAAGAAACAAGCAGUCCAGCAGACACUGAAGUGAUGGAGCAGUCUGAGCAUAGGAGUUCUGCCCUGCUAGGGCAGCAUAUAUCUGCCGCCAGCGCGGGCAUUGAAGCUAACAAAGUAGACACAUCGAUUGAAGGCAGCAAUUCUAGCACUUCAUGUACUGCGGGUGAGGGUCAGUACCAUACAACACCCUUUUAUGACUCUGAAAAAGUUGCCCUUAAUUUGUCGGAAAGUGCUCCACUAAGCAGUUACUUUAGCUUGCGGGCUCAUCCAACGUCGACAGGAGCAGGCCAGGAAACGGUAUCUGCGGAAGCUAAACGCACUUGUUUUCAGCCUGAGGAUUUUUCGCCAAGUGAGAAUGUGACUGCAAACUUCAGUGUGAAUGACAAGGCUAACACUGUUGAAGAUGUGUCCAAAGCUGAAAAUGGGGCAGAGAAUGUUGUGCAAAGUUCAGGUAUUUUAGGAGGCGAGACAUCGAUUGCAGUAGACCAGAAUGUCGAGGGAGAUUCGUGUUCCAGUGGUGCCACAGAAAUCGAGGAAGACAUUUCUGGCAGAAUGGAAGUCAACUACGGAGACAGUGAGGAACCGUUUAUUGGAGAGGAUAAAACGUUUCACGAAGAGACCGGGAUGCUCGCUACUGAAAGGGGAGAGUUGGACAUGGUCACUGAAGGGCUCACUGCCGCAGAUAUGUUGGAAAAAGACAUCUCAAGUAAAAAGCUUGAUUGCGGAGACUGUGCAGGCGGGAGUGGGGAUCACGUAGGUCUGUCAGCUGGCAACACUGAUGGCAGUAAAGAAUUUUUUCGUAAUGUAGUAGGAACAGCCAGCACCACCGAAUGUGCACAGUUUGCCGUGGAAGAUGUCACUGUUGCACAGUUUGUCCAAUGCAAAGAAAAAGAGACCAGCACUGUAGUAGCAGAGGAGGAAGCACUGGACAGUGUAGCCAAAGCAGCGGAAGGGACGGCUGAUGUAAACGAAAGCUGCGCGGGGAUCGGUAGCGUAAAUGAGACGUUUGGUCAUCAAGCCGAUGCUGAGGUCCCGUUCGCAACCUUCGACAAGCGGUCGUCUGCUGGAGAUUGCUCCGUGCCCGUCGUGACAACACUGGGCUUGGACAGCCUUCUGGACGACUGCCCAGACUGGAAAACGGCUAUUCUAGAUGCUACUGUCGACCUCGACAACAGCAUGCCGGGGGAGAGCCUCUUUAACAGCGCAUCUGUUUCAGCGGAGCCGCUGGCCAGUGCGAUGGCUGCAGGGGAUGUGGCUCGAGACAGUGCAAGAUCAGAAGAAAAGUUCGGCAACUCUAAUCCAAGCAGCCAGCUUCUGCAGCCAGAUUCGGGUGAAGCGCCACUCGAAGAUGCGUUACUCGGUGCUGCUGUGCCAGUGCUUGAGGACGCCAAAGUCUCGACUGAAGAUGAAUGUGUCCUGGGUGGAGACUUCGCGGUGGUGGAUGAAUGCUCGGACGACGUGGUGCAAACCGAAGACGACGAUUGCAUGGUUGUCAUGGAUCAAGCGUGAAUAGGGGGGAACAGACAUGGCGGACUGUUCUUUGUUGCUUUUCUUUUCAUUGUUUUUUUUAAGCAUUUCUACAUAUAUUUUGUUGUGUCAUUUGUUACUAUAACGAAGCAUUUGUUUUAAUCUUUGUGGUAAACACAUGCGCAUUACUCCUUGUCUUGAGUCAGCUGUGUGUGAUAGCAGCUCUGUACAACCAGGCACCCCCCUUUGUGAUCCCCCUCCUGAUUGUGUAACAUGCCUUUCAUGCAUUCAAUAAAGACAUUCUAUCCAGACCAUA